AUGCCUGCACGCGAGAUACUAUUCAAGAUUCCUGAGAAAUGCCACAUUUCUACACCAAAUCUGCUACCCUGUCACAUCCACCACGAUGGAAUGGUUGAUCCCGUGGAAGGGUUAUGGAAGCCUCAUGCAACUUCAGACGGGCCCAAAGUCACAUAUUUGCGAGGCAGGAAAUUGAUUGGCAAAGAGCUUCCAUUGCCGGAUCAAUACACUGGUGUCUUGGUGCGAAGCGAACCAGCAGCAACGUCGAGCAAUGAUACCAUAUCGACACCGAAUCGAGAAAAAAGCGCCACUGGAGUCGAGUUCCCCUCAGAUGAAGCCGUGAAGAAUGGCUUCACACGGCUUCGCAGAUUCACGCGCAUUAGCUGUUUUAGUCGGGUUCAAGAUUUGUCCACAACAUUGCAUGACGCAUGUAUAACCUCGUGCUCAGCAAUUCUACCACGCUCCGAUUUCAAUACUGUUUCUGGCGUACAGAGGCGGACGCAUUACGAGGAAAGGGUGGUUGACUCCAAUGCAGAGCUUAAGCUAUGCGUAAGCUUUGCCCCCAAAGACAUGGAAGGAAUAUUGCCUACACUUCUACCACUACGGAAAUCUCAUCAUCUCUUGAUAUGUUCCGCGCCAAGUCAUUUUCCUUGCUGA